UUCCCGGCGGUCUCGGGUCGUGAACGAUAGCUUCAGCAAGCUCUCAUCGCCUUUCCAGAGCUCCAGUCCGGUUCGGACGUAUUCGCGCACGAGUACGCACGUCGUUCCCACCCGUUUUACCUCAGGGAAUCCUAUAGCGCAUCAUCAUGUCUCUCCACUCAUAUAUUAAUAAAAAAGUCCUGGUUCUGACUGUUGACGGGCGGACUCUUCUGGGGACGCUCCUUUCCACGGAUCAGUUGACUAACCUGGUUCUCCUGGAUACCAUCGAACGAAUCAUUCGCACCCCCGAUGAUCCCGAGCCGAGCUCUCAGAUCGAGCACGGUCUGUACCUGAUCCGAGGCGAUAACGUGGUAGCAUGCGGCGAAGUGGACGAGAAGAUCGAUGGCGAGAUCGACUGGGCCAAGGUUAAAGGCGAGGUGGUCAAGGGGACCAAGAACGCAUGAGCCCUGAUUUUGUACCGGCUCCGAUGCGAACUUUCUUGCUCCAGGACGAACCACCUCCCUUUUGCAUGAGAGUGACGUUGGAUGAUCGAAACGUGGCAUGGUGGUUAGGUUGGACUAGACCUUUUGUGAUAGAU